AGAGAGAGAGUGAGAGAGUCUCGGUGGAUUGCAUAACAGGCAGGAGGGAGCUGUGAAAGAAUAGGCCUGGUUUUCUGUACGAGAGAGGGGGCUUCCUUUAUCUGUUUCCCAGUCCCCAGUGCUUCCCCCUCCCUGGAAGUCCACUUCCAGCAGGGUGUGGGGACCAAGCAGAGGGUGUCUGAGGGAGCUCAGGGUCUGAGAGGAAGACUGGGGCUGCCUCUCUCUCUCUCUCUCUCUCUCCUCCGAUCCGGCUGGUUUGGUAGGCUCUGCCAGUGAGGUAAUGUCCCAACACUUAGCCGUGUGUGCUGGGAGGCAGGGGGUUUAUUGUGGUGGUGCCAUGGAGGUUCUGAGCUGAGGUGGGGGUUAGCCUGUCAGGAGGGAAGGUGGGGUGGGAGGGGGGUGGGAAACAAGGCAGGGGAGUGGUACCCUGCUGAUGCCUGGGGGCUGCUGGUAUCUGAGAGAGAGAGAGAGAGAGAGAGAGAGAGAGUGAGAGAGCAGGCUUGGGGUAGACCAAGGAGGCAGGAACUCUCUCCACGUCGGGAGGGGGAGCACGGAGGAGCAUGCAGCUGAAUGGAAACACAACAAUAGAGAACGUGAAGACUCCAACGGGGAUGGACUGCACUCUGAUCUCGAGAUUUUAAAUGAAUAAACUUAGUAUUUGGCCACUAUUGCCCAUCAUGCAUUGCCCUGAAAUCGUAUACAGAAAUGUGAUUGGCCCAAGCCACUGACAAGCCUUGUGACAUCAACUGACCAAGAGAGGUGACCAGAAGAUCUCCAACACCAGUUAAUGGACGUACUCAGGGCUGACUUUGCAGGGUGAGCUGAGGUCCCCCAGCACAUCAGUCAACAGGCAAGAAUUCCGACCCUCCUGGCCUCUGGCUUUCGAAUGCAACGUCCUGGCCUGCAGAGGGGCGCACACCAAUCGGGACCAUUCCCCCAUGUGGCCCGCACCAGUGGUAUGGUGAGAGGGGGCCACGUCGCCAUCCUGGGACGGGACCAGCUGCAAGUUGGCAAAGGCACCGAGCAAGUGCAUGCAUGACUCUUCUGGCUUUGAAUGGAAGCUGUGCUUUGGCCUCUGCUCUGACUGGCUGCUGCUACAGAACAACCCAAAGCCAUGACCUCCACACUUCAGACCUUGCACUUUAAGCUCUUGACUCACGGGACCGGGCAGAGUGCAAUCCAUGCGUGUGACCAGGAAAUCGACCGGAAGUAUGACAUUGUGCCGUCUGUGGUCUGCUCCAUGUGCUGCCUCUUCGGAGUCAUCUACUGUUUCUUUGGCUAUCGCUGCUUCAAGGCCAUCAUGUUCCUCACCGGUUUGAUGUUUGGCUCCAUCAUCAUCUUCAUGCUGUGCUACAAGGAGAGGGUCCUGGACACCCAGCUCAGCAUGGAGGCCAGCGUCGGAAUUGGCCUGGGGAUCGGCAUACUCUGUGGCCUGGUCACCAUGUUGGUCCGAAGUGUUGGCCUGUUCAUGGUGGGGCUGCUGUUGGGCUUGCUGAUCGCCGUGGCAACCCUGGUGGUCCUGGAGCAGUUCUACCACCCCCGCACUGUCUGGGUGCCCAUUGGUCUGUUGCUGGGAGCCGGGAUGUUCUUCGCUGUGCUGACCCUUCAGUGGCAGCGGUUCUUCACCAUCCUCUCCACCGCUGUGUUCGGUUCCGCCGUCAUCACCGUGACCGUGGACUACUUCAUCGAGAUCUUCCUCCUGGUCCAGUACAUCUAUGAGAGGAUCAAGGUGGCUCCCCUCCAGCCCAUGUGCUGGUAUAGCUGGGUGAUCCUGGGCAUGUGGCCCGUGUUGACAACCCUUGGCGUCCUGGUGCAAUUCAAGGUCACAGCGGAGGGCUACUCACACACAGAAGUAAUUAUCAGCAGGAGGCAGAGGCGGGUGCAGCUGAUGAGGAUACGACAGAGGGAGGCAAAGAGGAAGCAGAAGAGACAGCGGAGGACGUACCAGGAGCAGGCGUACCGGAGGAAGCCCAAUCCAGUCCGCCGCUACGACGGAGACGUGCUUUCUCCGAGCUACAUUCAGAAUUUCCGGGAGCGCCAAGCCGGCACGUCGCCAGGCGCCAACGCGCAGACGAUGAUCGACGUGGACUAUGACUGCGGCUCCACAGUGCCCCUCACCUGCUCCACCCCCGCUGUCCGAGUGUGAGGCUACAGGAGAGGCCGUCGGAGCAAACCAGAGGGUCUGGCCCAGGGCGCCGGGGAGCAGAGGGGGGAGAGCUUGGGGGGUCUCCUUAGACCCAGCAACCCGGUGGAGGUGCUGCCAUUGAUGUGGACUUGUAUUAACGAAAAAUAUUUAAUAUAUAUAUACGCCUGAACUGGGUCCUCAGCCCAUCUUCAACCAUGUCCCAUCCCAACCCACACACCGAAGUACCCUGAAAUGGAGACUCAAAUGUUUGGAGGAUGUUUCAUUCCAAUGCUCCCUUCUGUUUCCUGAAAAUGUAGCUCCUGAUCUGGAAGGGGAUCGAGACUGGAAGUAACUCAUUUUACACAGGACAGGACCUUGAACUUGGUUUGGAUGAAGGCUGGUUUAAACCUUAACCCAAACAAAACUGGUUAAAAACUCUCAGAAGAGUGAGGGAGUGCUUGACAAGGGAGGGGAAGUGAUGCCACAGACUUACAAUUUCCUCCAAACCCACCCUCUCAAACCCUUCCAUCCACCUCCAUACCUCCCAGGAGAUGUUACAGUUACUGUCUGGAGCAGGAGAGAGGGCUUUCCUCAUGGGGAGAAUGCCUCCUUCGUCUUCGGGAAGGAUGCUUCACCCCCUCCAACACACAACUGGCCCCCAACUCCCUCUCCCGCGGCAUCUUGUAGGGAAUGUGAUGGGACCUACCUUCCAUUGGCCGAUAUUGUGCAUGUUACCAAGACGUGUGUGUGCGCGGAGAGCAGUGCGUACCGUUACGUAGCAACUAUUGAAUGUAUUUCUUUUUAGUAAUGAGGCUGGUCUCGCACUGGGAGAGGACAGAACCUUCCUCUGUGACGUUAUGUCAAACAUUAACCGUAGAACCCUACCCCUAACCAGACCCCUAACCCAAAACAGAACGCUAUAAUCCUAACCUCAACCAGAAUUCAGGAACCCUACGCCUAACCAGAACCCUAACCCUAACCAGAGCCCUAACCCUAACCAGAUCCCUAACCCAACCCAGAACCCUUAAAACCUAACCUGAACCCUAACCAGCACCCCAGAGGCCUAACCCCAAUUCCAUUUGUCUGUCACCCUCCAAUGGUUCAGUGUGUGUGUUAAUGUUGUGACUGUAGUGGAGAGAUACCAUUGUUUGAGAGUUGGUCAGACCUCAGUUAUUGCCCAGGAUUUGGAAACCGAUGUCUGUCUUGCUUUGGGAGAAAACCCAUGGGAAGAUUUAUCACGAUGGGGGAACAGUUGAGGUUUUACUCUUCAUUUGAUUUGAAGACCUUCAGACGUUUGUUAUAAAAAUGUUGGACAUUGGGCACAAUCUCAAGUUGUCUUACAAAAAGGUUGGGAAAAGGACGAAGAGAGAGACUCCGUUGAGUCUCCAGCUGGCUGUGGAGGGUAGGGUUCUGUGUGGUGACCAGUGGUAGUGAGGGGGUUGACAAGCGGUCAUGGUGAUGAACCUCUUGGAACUGAUGACCCCAACUGUGAAGUGAGCUAAUGAGGGAGGGGGAAGCUUCGGUGAACGAGGGCCAUGAUCCCCUUAAGGGGAGUCAUAACAGAACUUUCCUUCACAAUCACUAAUUAUCUGGUGAUCUCAGCUUCCACUGCAUUAAUAUAGCACCUUUAACAUCCCAAGGUCUUCACAAGAGCGCUAUCAUACAAUUUAGAACCAUAAGAUAUUGGAGCAGAAUUAGGCCAUUCCACCCAUCGAGUCUGCUCCACCAUUCCAUUAUGGCUGAUUUUUUUCAACCCCAUUCUCCCACAUUCUCCCUGUAACCCUUAACCCCCUUACCAAUCCAGAACCUAUCAACGUCUGCCUUAAAGACACCCAAUGACUUGGCCUCCACAGCUGUCUGUGGCAACGCACUCCACAGAUUCACCAUCCUCUGGCUGAAGAAAUUCCUCCUCAUCUCAGUUCUAAAGGGACGUCCCUUUAUUCUGAGGCUGUGCCCUUGGAUCCUAGACUCUCCCACUGAUGGAAACAUCCUCUCCAUUUCCACUCUAUCCAGGCCUUUCAGUAUCCAGUAGGUUUCAAUGAGAUCUCCAUGUGGUAUUUUAAUCCUGAUGGUCAAAGGGACAGAGUAACAAAAGGUUCCAUGAUUGGUUUGCAGAGUUCGGGGCUCAGGCAACUGAAGGCAAGGUUGUCAGGAGAUCAGAAUUGGUGGACCAAUUGAUGCUAUUCAAGGUCGUGUCAACCCAGGUGAGGUAACACGCAGAAAGAUAAAUGUUGGACAAGGAUCUCCAGGGAGAGCUCAGUGUAAGGGAUAGGGUUAGAGAGGGGUGUGGGAGCUGGAGGGGGUUACAGAGGUAAGGAGGGGUAUAGGGGCUGGAGGAGGUUACACAGAUAGGCAAGGAUGUAGGGACCGGAGGGGAUUACAGAGAUAGGGAGGGUUGU